CGUUAUCCUCUAUUUCUGUUCUUCUCCUUUCUUUUCUUCACUCGUCUGCAACACCACCCACACUCUUGACUCUUCCCUUGUUCCAUUUCCAUUUCCAGAUGCUACACUCUCAUCUUCAUCUUCAUCUCCACUUGCCUUCAUCGUACUCCACUCCAUUCCUUUUCCCUUAUCACUCUCCAACAUUCCCCUUCGCCACAUCAAGAAGAAAUUCUUACUCUCUCAGAUUCCGCAGCACAAGCUUCAAUCAUGGCCGCACCAUCAUCAGGAACGAAACCGAGCUGCAGCUGCAAAACCAGCAAGUAAACAGAGCUUACCCUUUCCACGAAAUCGAGCCCAAGUGGCAGCGCUAUUGGGAGCAGAAUCGCACUUUUCGAACCCCCGAUGACGACAUUGACACCUCCAAGCCCAAAUAUUACGUUCUCGACAUGUUCCCUUACCCCAGUGGAGCGGGGCUACACGUUGGGCAUCCUCUGGGGUACACCGCCACCGACAUUCUUGCAAGGUAUAAACGGAUGAAGGCUUAUAAUGUGUUGCAUCCAAUGGGUUGGGAUGCGUUUGGACUUCCUGCUGAACAAUAUGCUAUUCAGACGGGAACUCAUCCGAAGCUCACUACAGCUCGGAAUAUCGAUCGCUUUCGUUCUCAGUUAAAAUCAUUAGGCUUCUCUUAUGACUGGGAUCGUGAAAUAUCUACCAUAGAACCUGACUAUUACAAAUGGACUCAAUGGAUCUUUCUACAACUUUAUAAGAGAGGACUGGCAUAUCAGGCUGAAGUUCCAGUUAAUUGGUGUCCCGCGCUUGGCACUGUGUUGGCCAAUGAGGAGGUGGUUGAUGGUGUCAGUGAACGGGGUGGUCAUCCUGUAAUAAGAAAGCCGAUGAGGCAAUGGAUGCUCAAGAUCACUGCAUAUGCUGACCGUCUUCUUGAGGAUUUAGAUGGCCUUGACUGGCCAGAAAGUGUCAAAGAAAUGCAGAGAAAUUGGAUAGGGAGGUCAGAAGGGGCUGAGAUGGAAUUUUGUGUCCUUGACAGUGAUGGAAAGGAGAGAGAUGUAAAGAUUAUUGUGUAUACUACAAGGCCUGACACGAUCUUUGGAGCAACCUACUUAGUUGUCGCCCCAGAGUACCCAUUAUUGUCAUCAUUGGUUUCCACUGCCCAGAGCAAACAUGUGGAGGAUUAUGUAGAACUUGCCUCAAGGAAGAGUGACCUCGAAAGGACUGAGCUUCAGAAGGAAAAGACUGGUGUCUUCACUGGUUGUUAUGCAAAAAAUCCUGCAAAUGGGGAAGCUAUUCCAAUAUGGGUGGCAGAUUAUGUUUUGGGAAGUUAUGGAACAGGAGCUAUCAUGGCGGUGCCUGCACACGACUCUCGUGAUUAUGAAUUUGCUUUGAAAUAUGACAUUCCUGUUAAUUGGGUUGUGAUGCCCAAUGACAAAAGUAUCAAUGAAUCUGGAAAGGCUUUCCCAGGUGAAGGUGUCAUAAUAAAUUCAUCAAAUUCAUUUGUGGGGCUUGACAUAAAUGGCUUGUCUAGCAAAGAAGCUGCUCUAGAAGUCAUUGAAUGGGCUGAAAAAAGUGGAAAUGGAAAGCAGAAGGUGAACUACAAGUUAAGGGAUUGGCUUUUUGCUCGACAACGCUACUGGGGUGAACCCAUCCCUGUUGUCAUAUUGGAUGACAGUGGUGAGACUGUCCCACUGAAUGAGAAUGAACUUCCCCUUAUACUACCUGAAUUGGAUAAUUUUUCUCCCACUGGAACAGGGGAGCCUCCACUGUCCAAGGCAGUGUCUUGGGUUAAAACCACAGAUAGUUUAUCCGGAAGACCAGCCACUCGGGAAACAAAUACCAUGCCACAGUGGGCUGGUUCAUGCUGGUAUUAUUUGAGAUUUAUGGACCCAACAAAUUCCAAAGAGUUGGUUGAUAAGACCAAAGAAAGAUACUGGGGCCCUGUUGAUGUGUACGUUGGGGGUGCCGAGCAUGCGGUUCUCCAUUUACUAUAUGCCAGAUUCUGGCACAAGGUCCUCUAUGACAUUGGUGUUGUAUCCACCAAGGAGCCCUUCCAAUGUGUCAUUAACCAGGGUAUUAUCCUUGGGGAGGUUCAAUAUAUGGCUUAUAGGGAUCAAGAUGGCAAUCUGAUAUCUGCUGAUGUUGUUGAUAUUUCAAAUGAACAUAAUCUAGAAAAAAUUACAGAGGAAAAGGUCAUGAAAUCUGGGGAUUCUUUUGUCCUGAAAGAAAAUCCUGACAUACGAUUAGUUGCUCGCGCUUACAAAAUGAGUAAAAGUAGGGGAAACGUUGUUAACCCUGAUGAUGUUAUUGCAGAGUACGGUGCAGAUUCUCUUCGUUUAUAUGAAAUGUUCAUGGGACCAUUGAGAGACUCAAAAACAUGGAGUACUAGCGGCAUUGAAGGUGUAUAUCGGUUUUUAGGAAGAACUUGGAGGCUGAUUGUUGGUUCACCGUUGUCGGAUGGAACAUUUAAGGAAAGAACCAUAUCAGUUGAUGAGGAGCCUACCAUAGACCAACUUCGUACUCUUCAUAAAUGCAUUGCUAAGGUGACAGAGGAAAUUGAAGGCACAAGGUUCAACACCGGAAUUUCGGCAAUGAUGGAGUUCCUUAAUGCGGCAUAUAAGGCAUUUGUUUUCUUGGCAUUAUAUUUUCAGUGGGAUAAACAUCCAAGGUCAAUCAUUGAGGCAUUUGUUUUACUGCUUUCACCCUAUGCACCGCACAUGGCCGAGGAGCUGUGGUCUAGGCUUGGCCACACAAAAUCCUUAGCCUAUGAGCCUUUCCCUGAGGCAAAUCCUGCUUACCUGAAGGACUCAACGAUAGUACUACCGGUUCAGAUUAAUGGCAAGACGAGGGGUACCAUUCAAGUGGAAGAAACAUGUUCAGAGGAGGAAGCUUUUGGGUUAGCAUGUAGGGAUGAAAAGCUAUCCAAGUAUUUAGAUGGUCAAUCUGUUAGAAAAAGAAUAUACGUUCCUGGCAAGAUAUUGAACGUUGUUUUGGACCGGAAAAACACAAAGGUUGCUGUCCAGUAGUAAGUAGCCUACUUUCAUCUGCGGUAAGCAACAUUCAACCUCGGAAAUCCCAUUCCUCUUGCUGCAUUUACUCUGCAACUAACUGCUUGUCGUUGGCUCAGAACUUAACUGCCCUGCAUCCGUGAGAUGGAAAAUCAGAGUAAUUUCUUUUCUAUUUAUUUGUGAUUACAUGUAUACUAGAUCAAAUGAGUCAAUUCAGUAACAUUGUAGAAAACCAAGCGAGUCAUUAAUAAGACAACAUAUAUAGCAUUUCAAUUGA